AUGUCGUCGGAUAUUGAAGAACUCCGGCGCCAACUAGCAGAUGCUGAACAACGGCUUUCGGCGUCUCAACAGCAGCUUUCGGCGUCACAGCAGCGAUUGUCCAAAACGAACCUUCCCACGUUUCUCGAUGGCCUUCAUAAACACCUCUUCCUCGGCCUUGAGGUCCAGCCGGACGAGAGCCAGUCGACGCGUGGGGAUCCCGCAAAUGCGACCAACAAACUUCGCCCCCGAUACCUUAGGGCCUGGGACACAUUCACGAGCGAACAAGAGGAAAUUUGGCGACUGCUGAUGGAGUCUUCGCUCAUUGAAGAUAAAUUAUUCACUUCGCUCCAUACCUUGGAGGAGAUGGGUGAAAGCAUUCGCCGGCAGCUGAUUGGCUCAGAACUUGACCUGAAUCACUUUCUACGCCAGACCGUUGAGGACCACGUUUCGAAGAUCAUCGAAGAACUUUACAAGGAUCCGGCCCUUCGGCAAACAUUCGGACUAAGAGGAUCGGUCCGUUUUGAAAACCAUUCCAAUACGUUGAGCCCGGAAGAGGAACUAGUAGAAGGGUUACGGAGCGUGGAUAUUCGCGGUCGCCCUACGCGACGACGUUCGCCUCGUUUAGCUGAGCGCGAAGAAAGGGCAUCGAGCGCGGCCACCUGCAAACCGAAGACACCACCGCCAGUCCGAACCAAGAGGCCCCGUGCCGAUCAGUUUUGUGUUUACAACAUUCCAAACGAGAUCUCUGAAUCUACACAUCGCGUCGCUGCCUACAUCAAAGAAUACAAAUCCCCGCACAAAGUGACGCUGGGCCAUAUAUACGAGGGAUUGGGGGACAUGGACGUUGAUGAAGUGAUUCAGGAGAAGGAUGAUGAACCCUCUAAAGUUCGGUUCCAGCGAGCGCUUGUCGGACUCCUUUCGCAGCCAUUUGACUAUAUGGUCCGUGCUCGUACGCAGGUAGGAGUUUUUACCACAGGCGAAGCAGAUAUCUACCUGCGGAUUGGUGAGGACCCUUCCACACUUUUUUACCACCUUUCCGUUCCAAAGGGUGACGUUGGGCAUGAAACUGGAUGGGAUCCCUAUUCAGACCGCCCAAAUCGUUUACAUUUGACUGCGGUGGGUCAAGCUCUCGCUUUUACCCUCCAAGCUCUUAAGUUACGUCCCCGAAGCCAGGCUUGGGGACUGCAAGCAACAAAUACGUUGCCAACAUGGGAAAUUGUACCUGCGGACAUUCUGGAUGAUAUCUCCGAUCAGGAAGUGCCUUCUUCUGAAUAUCGUCCGCCAAAAUCAGAAGAAUUUCUCCGAUCGUCUCCGAUACAACUACGCCGCCGGAGACGCAAACCCAGCACGAGUGAUUGUCGACCAUUACACGCCCAUAACACUUCUGAUGAGGAUGAUGACCCUCAUACACCUAGCCGGAAUCCACACGUUUCUCGGAAGGUUAAUCGGAGCCAACCAGUAUUGGCCAGCCAAACAUCCACUACGGCUGGACGAAGCUCCUUCUCCGAGGAGAACCAUCGCCGAUACUGCACGUUGAAGUGUCUAAGCGGAUUGGUACAUGGAGGGGAAUUAGGGGAGUUAGAUCAGGCUUGCCCUAAUGUCCGUGAUCAUGGUCACGGAACAACGCGUCAUGUUAUCAACGCAAAAACGUUCGUCCGCAAAUUGCAACGGCAGCUCGCUGAGACUGUCAAUGCAGAUUGUGAGGUCAUGGGAAUCCACGGUUCUCGAGGCGCCCUGUUGAAAGUGACUCUUUCAUCACACGGAUACACUGUGCCCGCGAAGUGCACCGUGUCGGAGUUCCGUGAUCACCUCCGACAUGAAGCAGCUGUAUACGACCAACUUCGUCCAAUUCAGGGCAUAUACAUCCCUCUCCACCUCGGAAGCAUUGACUUGGCUCAUCCCUAUAGCUACGACGGGAUUGCUUAUCUCGAACAUAUGAUGCUAUUGAGCCCAAGCGGGCAAUCUCUGGACCUAGCACUCAGGGAAUUGGGCCGAAUUUGUCUCGUUUCCAAAUUGACAGAGUCUCUAUCAGCGAUACAUACCCGACAUGUCGUUCAUAGAGACCCGGCUCCGAGAAAUUGGUCGUACAAUCCGGAAAGCAAAAAUGUGGUGUUUUUCGAUUUUGAAAGAGCUAAAAUUAUCGAGCCCCGUCCGAUUUUAGGUAUGAUUUCACCGAACCGCAAACGCAAAAGGAUUGAACAUGGUGGCCUGGAUAAGAAGCAUCGGGGUACAGGAUUUGCGGAGGAAAUAAACAAGGCAGUGCAUGAGCUGCGGUGCUUGCGUGUACAGCCAUGGAACCAGCAGAACCAGUCAUAA